UAUGUGUGGGGGUUGUGGUGAGAUAGGGAAACAUUUCUUAAUAAAAUGUAAUUGAAUUCAUGCAUUCAUGUGCAUGUCAGCAAUACUUAGCAACUGUUAGGCUUAUUCAUACUGUCUGAUUCUUUAACUCGAUCUGUUUGAGCCCUCUAUAUUGUGUGUCACAAUAAUUUGUAUUGCAUAACUGUCAUAGUGCUGCACGUACGGUGUUAACUAAGCAUUUCUGUUUUUGGUUUCAUUAUCUGUUCUAGUCAUAAUCUGCAUGCCAAACAAACGCAUAUAUGAUACAUCCUCGAACUAGCUAUAAUCAUAAUGUUCAGUGGAAUCGUUGCAAGCUGUUAAAGAUGUACUAUUGUUUCGUAGUGAAACUGUUCCUUACAAUGGCUCUGUCAUCAGUGCAAACUGCAGAAAUAUUAAAUUUCUCUCAGUCAACUGAUGCUGUAGCCCCAGGUGGAAACAUCACAUUCAUUUGCGAGGUAAUUGGUCGCUCUGCGGAGUGGAAAAUCAACGACACUUUUCGAUACCAAUCUGACCCGACUAGGGGCUUCUUUAUUAAUGUCCCUAUAAGGAAUGAUACUAUAUCGGAUUACUUGCUUUUAAGGCUGACUAUCACAGCUUAUGAGUACAACAAUAGUUCGAAAAUAUCUUGUUUUGGUUUUGACCAGGACACCCAACAAGACAAGCUCUUCAUUAUUGCAGGACCACCAUCUGAACCCCAGCCACGAUUCAGUUACACCGAUAACGGUUUGUCACUCACCAUCACUUGGAACAAACCCUUCACCCACACUGGAUUCAACAUCACUGCAUACUCACUGCUAAUUUACAACACGUCUGAUUCCACAAUGAGAAAUGUGACAUUGGGUCAACAACGUAUGUACUAUGUGGAUGUCAUUGAUACUGCCCCUACCAACUGCCACGAGCUACAAUACAUUGUGACAGCAUACAACUCAUUAGGGAGCAAUGCAGCAAGUGUCAUUGCAGGAUAUCCAAUUUCACUUGAUCCUGUUGAAAUUCAAUGGAGAGUUUUGUACAACAGAGACAGUGCACCACACUUGGAGAUAUGGUUUAAACCGGCCUAUGUUUGUUCCUUCCAAGAUGUUGAGUAUACAGUUUAUCUUGAGAACGUUUCCGGAAACUCUACCCUACAAACCUAUGGUGAUGUUUUGUACAGUGUUCAUUCUGGACUGAGUGUUGGAGCUAAUUAUACAGUAAUUAUAGAAGAACGAAGCACAGUAGGACUCACUGUGUCAAGACAAGAUAUUGUUAUUGAAGUACUGCAUUCUCAGAUUCAAAGCACAGUAGAAGCACUGCCUUCUCAGAGUCAUCAACAAGUGCAAAUACAUAACACAGCCAUUGGAGGGCUUGCUGUGUGUUUGGUCGUUUCCCUUGUACUCUUCUUCAUCUUCUUAGCUCUUUACUGCAAGCAAAGGAAAAAAGCAAAAUAUCUAAGAAAAAUCUCGGUUGAUACGGCCAAUAAUGGACGACCAAGCACAUUGCGAACAAGAUCAUCAGCCACAAAACUAAACCCCAUUUACGAAGGAGGUGGUCCUGUAUAUGAGAGUCCUGGUGGAGAACCGUUACGUGCCCUUCUAUCAACUAGCACACCGAGUACUCCCAAUACCCCCCUCGAUAACAAUAACCCACGUUACGUCUUUGAUAUGCCCCCACCAGAUCUUCCACCCCCCAGGAAACUUCAGUUCGUGCUCCCCAACGCUCCAUCCUGUAAUGGAGGGAACCUGGAGGAAGAUCAAGAGAAGGCAGACCUAAAGGUGGCUUUAGAAGAGCCAGAGUACACCAUGAUGAGGCCGAUCCGAGCAGUCAAGCCUUCGCCUUUGAUUUUAUCUACUUAAUUUAUUUUAAUAUACUCAAAAACAUGUAACGUGCGUGUGUGUAGCUGUUCAGAAGUGUAAUAAAAAGGUAGAGAAGACAUUGAAUUUACUUCUUUUUUCAAUUUGGAAUUCCAAUUUUUUUGUUUUGUAGCAUUUAGUGAUUGAGGCCCUGUCACACAGUUUGAAUUAGCUUCGA